AGCCCCCCGCGCUGGGCGGGCAGCGGCCACCGGCUGCUGCUCUCGGCCGACCGGACGCUGGUGCUGAAGGAGCUCUCGAGCGAGGACGUGGCCGAUGUCCACGGGCUGCUGUCCCACUACCACCAGUACGUGGUGCAGUGCCACGGGCAGACGCUGCUGCCGCGGUUCCUGGGCAUGUACCGGGUGAGCGUGGACAGCGAGGACACCUACCUGCUGGUCAUGAGGAACCUGUUCAGCCACCGCCUGCCUGUGCACAGGAAGUACGACCUGAAGGGUUCCCUUGUGGACCGAGAGGCCAGUGACAAAGAGAAGGGCAAGGAGCUGCCCACGCUGAAGGAUGUGGAUUUCCUCAACAAGAACGAGAAGGUGUUCGUGGAGGAGGAGCAGCAGCGCGAGUUCAUGGAGAAGCUCAAGCGGGAUGUGGAGUUCCUGGUGCAGCAGAAGCUGAUGGACUACAGCCUGCUCCUGGGCAUCCAUGAGGUGGAACGGGGGGAGCAGGAGGAGGAGGAAGAGCUGGAGGAAGAGGAGUUCGGGGGUGGUGAUGAGGCAGGAAUGGGGGACCCC